AUGAAAAUACGGGCAGACCGCACAAUAACCUUUCUCGUCUCGGGGGGGAUAUGGCUGGCAUCGCCUAUAUCAGGUCAGAGGAUACGGACGGAGCAACCGAUACGCCCUCUGAUAGUAGACGGGACAACGGCAUUGAGCGAGACAGAUUACCUACCGGAAAAUGCAAUAGUAGAACACGUCGUCGAAUCAGAUAUCCCACAAGUAUCCGAUGUACCGCAAAUAUCAGGGAUUCCACAGGUGGAUGUGAAUACGCCUAGCGACACUGCAACGGGAAGUCAGGCGCAGCCAACUGAGCCAGUAGUUCCAAUAUUCGUAUCACUAUUCUCAGGGCCACCAGGUCCGAAAGACUGUCGCGGCAAGGCAAUGGUAAAUAUCCAGCUGCCUAAGCCUGGAUCACAAAACUCAACUCCGAAAUGUUAUAAUAUACCCGGGGUAGCGCAAUGUGGAACUUUUAUCGCGAAUAAGGAUGAUGGAUGCCAGGCGCGCCUGUUCAACGAGCCCAAUUGUCUGACGUUUGUCAACCUGGCCGUGUUUAUACCGGAGCAGAGAGCGGUCGGUGGGCUGUUUAGGAGUAUCGAGGUUACGUGCGGAAUCAAGGGCGUGAUACCGGCACCGCUGGAUCUCCCUGGUCUAAAACUGCCACCAAAUGCUCAACAAGCUGUUGGAAAGCUGUUCGUCUAA